AAGUGACAGGUGAGUAGAUGUGUGAGGAGGAACUACAAGCACAAUGUGAUGGCCGGGGAAGAUAUUUGGUGACGCACACACGGUACCAUGUGAUCUAAUCGAGCAUACAGUCAUCGAGUAACCGGAACAGAAAAAGCAGUUAGCAAUAACUAGUAUUUGGACAAAUACAGCACGCGGCCCAAGUAAGUAACAUUUUUGGAAGAACUAUUCCACGACCAUGCCGACUGAUACAAAAAGGGUACGUGGCCCAGAAGUGUCUCAAAGUCCAUCUCUCUUUCUGUGUAAAAACGCGGUAAAGAAGUCCACCGCUUCCAACGACGCCAGGGUAGAUGGCAGGCAGCGUGGUCAAGUGGAUGUCCGUUCAGUUUUUGUCCGAUGUGGGCUGAUAAGUCAAGCCAAAGGUUCAGCUUACAUUGAAGCUGGGAACACGAAGCUCAUCUGCUGUGUGUAUGGACCCAGAGAGACUGAGCGCAAGGAUGAGACCGAUAUGAAAUCCGGAAGACUGAUUACUGACAUGAGAUUUGCCCCAUUCUCUUGUCGAGAGAGAGGCUCGUGGAUUCAAGGUAGCGAUGAAAAGGAUCUGUCACUGAUGCUGUUGGAGAGCCUGAGGCCAGGAGUGUGCUUGCAGAAGUAUCCUCGCUCUCAGAUUGAAGUAAAUGUAAUGGUCCUUGAAAACGACGGCGCCGUCCUGGCACAUGCAGUCACCUGUGCGUCAAUGGCGCUGGCGGACGCAGGUAUAGAGAUGUACGAUCUGGUUCUUGGAUGCUCAAUCCGUCAGGAAGGUGCCACAUACCUUAUCGACCCUACCUUUCUGGAGGAAAAUGGAUACAACUUGGCCUCAGGAUCCAGGGAGAAUUUGGGAAGCCUGACAGUUGCAUUUCUGCCCAGUCUGAACCAGAUUUCUGGACUACAAUCGGAUGGCGAGAUGGGCGAGGACACCCUGACUGGGGAUGUGCGCACAUGCAUUGAGGGGUGUUUCAAACUCUACCCUGUCAUUCAGCAAGCACUGUCCAAGGCAGUACGAAGAAAAGCACCACCAUCAGAGAGCUGAGAGACUGAAAUGUGUUGCAUGAUGAUCUCUAGUUCAGGCAGCUGAUCGUCUAGGCUUGAUGUGCAUUCCUGGUAAUACACUUGUGUCCCCUGUGGACUGGCUCGUACAUAAAGCAUCCUCCAUUCAGGCUGUGAAGGCAUAAUUUUUCUCAACCAGCUUUAAUGGCGACAAGGCCUUUUACCACAACCAUUUGCUGAUUAUGGACAAAUUACGAUGUUUCAAAGAAAGAAUGCAUAUAUUUCCCCCUUUUUUUGAUCCACUUCUCACCAUUAAAGCUAGUUAAGGAGGAAAAUGAUGCCUUUGCAGCCUGGAGGAUGCUUUAUGUAUGAGCAGGUCCAUGGGGGACACGAGUGUAUUACUGGGAAUGCACAUCAAGCCAUGAUAGUGUGCUAGACCUGCACUAUCGACUGCCUAGGUUAGAUGAAAAAAUAUGUUUUGUUGAAAUAAGAAAAAAGUCAGUCAUAACAUUUGUCAAUUUUUACUGUUUUGACUCCAUGUCAGACUCCAUGCAUAGAUUUAAAAAAAUAAAUCAUUUAAGGUAA